CCCAAAUGCCGUGAGUGACGCGGGGGCGCAGCCCGGCCAAGCCGCCGCCAUGUCCAUCUUCACCCCCACCAACCAGAUCCGCCUCACCAAUGUGGCCGUGGUGCGGGCACGGCGCGCCGGAAAGCGCUUCGAGAUCGCAUGUUACCGUAACAAAGUCAUGGGCUGGCGCAGCGGAGCGGAGAAGGAUAUUGACGAGGUCCUGCAGACCCACACAGUGUUUGUUAAUGUUUCUAAAGGCCAGGUGGCAAAGAAGGAAGAUCUGGUCCGGGCAUUUGGAACAGAUGACCAAACAGAAAUCUGUAAAGUGAUUCUGUCAAAAGGGGAGUUGCAGGUAUCAGACAAAGAACGACAAACACAGCUGGAGCAGAUGUUUAGGGACAUUGCAACUAUUGUGGCUGACAAAUGUGUGAACCCUGAGACGAAGAGGCCAUACACUGUAAUCCUUAUAGAAAGAGCCAUGAAGGAUAUUCACUACUCUGUCAAACCAAACAAGAGCACGAAGCAGCAGGCACUGGAAGUGAUCAGACAGUUAAAGGAGACCAUGCAAAUUGAACGUGCUCACAUGAGGUUACGAUUUAUUCUUCCAGUAAAGGAGGGGAAAAAACUGAAAGAGAAGCUCAAGCCACUGAUUAAAGUUAUUGAGAACGAAGAUUUUCAUGAUCAGUUAGAAAUUGUGUGCCUUAUUGACCCGGGCUGCUUCAGAGAGAUUGACGAGCUGAUCCGGUCUGAGACCAAAGGGAAGGGAACGCUGGAAGUGCUCAGUCUGAAAGAUGUGGAGGAAGGAGAUGAAAAGCUUGAAUAACAAAAAAAAGCCCUGAAUAACAAAAAAGCCCUUCUGGAGCACUGCAAACAACUGGCAUUAGCCGCUCCUUUCUGUUGAGCCUUCUUGUUUUGUUUCUCCAACCCCUCGCUGCCAAAUACCUUCUGACACACACGAACCCUUUGGGUUUUUCCAUGCAGUGGUUUGGUGUUUUUUAUUUUUUAAAUCAUUUUCCACUUGGUUUACAGGUGAUUUGCCUGUAGGAACCUUUGGUGUCAGAGUUGCACUAAUGAGAAUUAAGACUCGAUAGGGAGUUUAGCUUUGGUGAAUGUUAAGGGUUGCUGAUGGAGGUGUUUGACUGAUAGGGUGCCAAACACGUUUGCUUUGAGCUGUCAGUGCUGAGUGGAAGGCUGCACAGGGGGGUUUGGAUGUAGGGAGAGGGAAAGAGAGACUCAUUUUCACUUUCAGGCAAGUGCAAAGCGUGGGUCGUGUCUGCUGAUCUCUUGGCAGCAUGAAAACUGAUGUAGACACCCAUAAUUGGCUGCUUAAUAAUUACAGUAAUUUAAAGGACCGUUCUUGUGUAUUUCCUAUCACUGGGUAUAACAGUACUUGCUAACUUAGAAAAAACGUUCUCCAAAUAAUUUAUUCAUAAAAUAUAUUUAGCUACAUUGGUGAGGAAAAAAAGAAAUAAUAAUUAUCGUCUAUUUAUGUAUUACAGAUACAGAAAGAAAGGACUAUUUUUGUUGUAGCAUAGGAGCUGCCCCUGGCUGCAGUGCUGCGUUUGGAGGCUGAAGGCAUAGGCUGCAUUUCUGAGCUGUUGUCAUUCAAGGGAUGAAAUGAAGCGGAUCUCUCCCAGGCAGUGGCCUCUGGCUGUUGUGCCAGACAGGCUUUUGUUGGGCCCUCCUUCCCUCGUGGUAGCUGUCCUUUAUCCUGUGGCUUUCUAUGCUUCUUUCUAGCACAGCAUUUCCAGCGGCUCCCAGGCCCAGCGCUCUGUGUGGCUUUGUGAAGGCUUCUUUCAGCUGUGCCAAACGAGUGCUUUCAAGUUUAAAUUGGGAAUCUCAAACAAGAGGGGGAAAAGAGGACAGAAGCUGGAAAGAUACUAAAAAUACAAUAAAAAAUACCUGGUACACAGCCCUGUGUGUCUGAAGGCUGAGCCUGCAGGAGUUUCAGGGGAGCCUUUGGUAUUCAUGAGCCUGUUUUCAUGCUGAUAAUACACAGGAGUUGGGAUUUGCGAGCUGGCCGACCACUGGAUCUCUGCUUCAAAUGAAUCUGUGCUCUGUUCAUUCCUUGCUGGUAAUUUACCUUUUCUAUGACAAUUAAACGGAGCUCUGGUUUGUACUCUU